AGCAACAUGGUUUCAGCUGAAGUCCGAACCCUGCUGAGAACAUUUUCUCGGGACAUAAUAAGCCAGUGACAAUAAUUACUCGCACCAUUGGUUCAAGAGGCAUUCUUGUGGAGCUGAAGCCCAUGUUUUUGGUUUGAUGACCAAAAUCACACAGAUCACGACAUCAGAAAACGAGAGGAAUCGAGUGAAGGCUUAGAAUCAGAUCAGCGUUCAUCAGGGUCGAUUGGAUGGUAAAGACUAUUUGAGCCCAAUCCAGUCCUUCAAGUGUCCCGAAAAGAUAGAAACAUGGGGAUCAGAAGCAUUGAGGAUAUUCUGGCACAAGAUGAGGACGAGAAUGCGGUGGACGAGAUUGAAGAGUUGCUCAUGAACACCGACUGGACUGCUGAAAGCCAACUGCACAUUCUGUCUAAAGUUGACACAUCAAAAGAGCGGUUUUUCCGAACCGUAACACUGUGGGGCAAAGAUGAAGAAAAGGGUUUGAAGACAGCAUUCGAACUUCUGAUAAAGCUAUUCAGCAAGGAGAAGGAACUCUGGAAGCAAUGGGAUAUGAGAAAGAGUCGUCAAGCCGAUGAGGACAGUGCGGCAAUGACGCCAAGUGUUAUCGACAGUCCAAACUGUAUCAUUGCUCAGCAAAUCCUGGCAAUAUUGCCCGAGGUCAUGGAAAAAACCUACGAGGAACACAACGGGGAUAACAUAUUACAUGCGGUAUGCCGCCAUGGUGUCAAGAGUAUCGCUGAGCUUGUGCUAUCUUUCGUACAGCAAUACGAUGUCGAGCAGUUUGAUUCUAUGCUAGAGGCUCCCAACUCAUCCAAUGAGACGCCAUUGCGAGUUGCUAUAUAUGUCAGUGGACAAGAUGUCUCGUUGGUAGAGCUACUAGCUAAGCACUCGGACGGACGACGACAAACGCAUUUGUUGAAAGCGGUUGAAGAUGGGAAGUUGAAUCACUUGAAGAUACUCCUUGAUACGUCAGAGGAGGGAGACAAACUUCUCAGUCUCGAAGUCCUCAAAGGGGCUGCAAGAUCGGGCCAUACUGACGUGUGGGACUUUAUCACGACUAAGAAGCCAAAUCUGGCAAAAGAUGCCGGACUUCUUCGGACUGCGAUAGAGUAUAGGACCCUUGAAAUUGUGCUACGCCUUCUUGAUUCUCACCCAGAAAUUCUGAGAAAACUAGAUGACGUCAAAAAGGCAGCCAAAUUGGCCGUUGAUUUGGCAGAAAAAGAAAUCGAAAUUCCAACACCAAAGCCAGGGAAGAAGUUGAAGGCGAAAAAGGCACUCGAGGAGGAGCAGAAACAAAGGCAUCAGAGAGAGGUUUCUAGAAGUAUUCGAAAUCUUCUUUUGGAAAGAAUGUUGAGGGAGCUGAGCCCAAAAGACGUGAAAGGGUGCUGGCCAAGAGCGCAAGGACAAGCUGCCAGAGAAGUAUAUCUGGAAUUGAAUGUAUCGAGUUCCCGCAACUGGGCAUGGUUUGUACAAUUUGUCAAGACUGCGGAGCAGGAAGUCAGCGAGGCAAAAGCACUAAAGCAAGCACAAGAUGCAGCAAAGAUUCAAGACCAAAAAGAUCAGUCAAAUAGAGAUGCCAAUUCGAGGAAAGAUGCGCAGGAGUUACAGACGACUCAGACUUCAUCGAAAGCUCCCCAGGCUCCCAACUCCAAAUCAAGCAAGUACAAUGCCGAUUUCCAACCCUAUCUGAAAUACGUUUCUUUUCCCGAUUUAGACGAGAUCCGCCGCCACCGAUCUGCAGAGAAAAUACGGCACCUCGAGGGUAAAGAAGUCAAGUAUGUUCUACAAUGGUUAAGACUUGUGAAAGGAGUGAAACGAAUUCUCAAGCUUGGGGUAUUAGAUUCUCAUAUACAGCCGCAUCGAGAAGAAAUAAUUGAAGAGGCUCUUGAAGGUUUGCAAGUCGAAGAGCUUGACUGGAAAAGAGUCGAUCUAUCAAUAAGAAGUGUGGAGUUUGCGGCAAAGAACGUGCGCAUACUGCAUCUAUACUCUAGUGGAGGUUGGGCACCUCUUUGUCAUUGGAUGAGUUGUGAGGGAAUCAACAACCUCAGUGAUGGAAAAGACGAUAAAAGCAUCGAAAGAGCGCAGAAACAGAAAGAAGAGAUCACAACGUGGCUCACAAAUAUCUGGAAGGGCAUGCCCCCUAAGCCUGCAUCAGCCGAGGGAACUGCCAAAGAAAACUUGCUUCAGCUGACACAGAUACCGUUUAGCGUUGAUUACGCCGCUUGGACUCUUGCUGGACCACAGAACAUCGAAGAGCAGAAAGGGACCGCUGCUAGAGACGCGCGAACGGUUGUCAGACUGAAAAGCUUCGUCAAGACCUAUGAUCGAUUGCAUAAGAGACGUAUGGCAUCUGCCGACCCAUCGAAUCACCUCCGUCGAAUCAAAGUUGCCAUAAUAGAUACAGGAGUGGAUGAUGGGCAAUUCGAGACGGGGACCUUGAAAAGCUUUACGGGCCAGACAUUCUCCGAGACAGGAGAUAGUCAUUGGUGGCUGUCAGCCGACAGUCAUGGCACUCAGAUGGCAAAACUCAUCACUUCAAUUGACCCGUGCUGCGAGUUGUAUAUUGCAAAAGUUGGUGACAGUAAGACUGACAUUACUGUUGGAGCUGUGACAGAUGCUUUGAACUGGGCCAUUAGUGAGAAAGUUGAUGUAAUAUCAAUGAGUUUUGCUCUCGAUAAACCGUACAAGGGUCUCAGCGAAGCGGUUCGUACCGCAGGAUUUAAUGGAAUCUUCAUGGUCUGCAGCACUGCCGAUGAAGGCGGUAACAAACCAAAUUGCUGGCCCGCACAAUGUCCCGAAACGGUCGGCAUAGCUGCUUGCGAUGAGAUGGGAGUACUUACUCACUACAGCAAUACCGAAGCUCAAUUCUAUUUUCAAGGGGAACGUAUCGUGUACGAUAGUGUACAAGGCUCUGAUACCAGGGAAGAGAUUUCCGGAAGUUCUGUAGCGACUGCCAUAGCUGCAGGAGUAGCGUCAUUGGUACUUGCUUGCUGUCAAAUAGAUGAGAUCGAGGUCGCGCUUGAGGACAGGGCGAAGGAAGUGAAGAAGAUGUUCAACAGAAUGACAGGAGGAGGAAAACAAGAGUCGACCAAGUACGUUAGGCCAUGGGUCGCUUUCGGAGAAGGAGAUAAGGGGCGUGGAGAAACAAUGUUCUUGCCAGAAACGGGUGAGCGCUGAAAAGUCGGAGACAGAGUCCAAAGGUCAAAAUUAUUGGAAUUGAAAGUAUUUCCUGCUCAUCAACGGCCUUACGGAACGGUUUAAUUUUCCAUGCUGACCCUAACUUGUUGAAAUUACACAAAAGUCCAAGAGCAUACAGUCGUACGAUGACCGUGGAGUGCUUUA